AUGGAGGGAGGAAAUGAAACAUUUACAACAGAUUUUAUCCUUCUGGGACUCUUCCCCAAUAUGAAGUACGUCUGUAUCCUUAUUCACACUAUCAUCCUGAUCUACCUUGCUGCAGUCACUGGGAACUUUAUCCUGCUCCUCCUGAUAUGGAUGGACUUGAGGCUCCACACCCCAAUGUACUUUCUUCUCAGCCAGCUCUCUCUCAUAGACCUGGCCCUCAUCAGCAGCACUGUUCCAAAGAUGGCAAUCAACUUUUUCUCUGGAAGGAAGAACAUCACACAUCUUGCCUGUGGAACUCAGAUAUUUUUCUUCUUUACUCUUGGAGGUGCUGAAUGCAUCCUCUUGACCCUCAUGGCCUAUGAUCGUUAUGUAGCUGUAUGUAACCCCCUGAGAUAUGCAGUCAUCAUGAACCAGGGGGUCUGUGUGCAAAUGGCCGUAGUGUCUUGGAUUGGGGGUAUUUUAGCUUCAACAGCUCAUACAAUCUAUACCAUGAAUCUACCUAUCUGUGGCUCCAGGGAAAUCCACCAUUUUUUCUGUGAGAUGCCAGCGAUUAUGAAGAUCUCAUGCACAGACACUGCCACCUAUGAGCUGGUUGUCUUUGUGAUGGGCAUUGCCUUUAUUGUCAUCCCUUUUGGACUUAUCAUGACUUCCUACACCCUCAUUUUUCUCACUGUUCUUCAUAUGAAAUCCCUCAAAGGUGGAAGGAAAGCCUUAGCCACAUGUACCUCCCAUCUUAUGGUAGUAAGUUUUUAUCUAGGACCAUGUGUUUAUAUGUAUAUGACACCUGGUUCCUCCCACACCCCUGAGCAGGAGCAGGCUGUGUCUGUAUUUUGCACUGUCCUCACACCCAUGCUAAACCCCCUCAUCUACAGCUUGAGAAACAAGGAUGUGCUGGAAGCUCUUCAGAAGGUCCUGGGAAAACAUCCAGUAAUUAAACAGAACACAUAA